CAAGAAACACUUUCCUAUACACAGAUUCAAGAUGUCAGGAGGAUCACCACCUUCCAUUUUCCCUGCAAUAUUGCUAAUUGCUCUUCUGCAUGUGGGGAUGACCAUGGUUGCUGCAGUACUUGAUCCCGCAGCAGCCACGGGAAAAGAACCCAUUCUAGAGUUAUAUAUGCAUGACAUUCUCGGGGGCAGUAACCCUACUGCUAGGCCAAUCACUGGCUUGCUAGGCAACAUCUACAAUGGUCAAGUGCCCUUUGCAAGGCCAAUAGGGUUCAUUCCCCCACGAGGUGGGGUUGCAAUCCCCAAUGCCAACGGCGCCAUUCCAACGGUCAACGGUCUCAAUGGCAUCCCACUGGGAACUGGCCUAGGUAACCAAAACGAUCAGAACCAAAUGGGACCAGAUGGGUUGGGACUGGGAUUUGGAACAAUCACAGUCAUCGAUGAUGUGCUGACCUCUGCGCCCGAGUUGGGGUCACAGACGGUAGGAAAAGCUCAAGGAGUUUAUGUGGCGAGCUCAGCUGAUGGAGCUACACAGAUGAUGACAUUUACGGCCAUGAUUGAAGGAGGGGAGUAUGGGGAUAGCCUCAACUUCUAUGGCAUAUAUGGGAUAGGAAGCUCCAUGUCAUACUUGUCCGUGAUUGGCGGUACUGGGAAGUUCAAGAAUGCUUGUGGCUUUGCCGAGGUUCGCUCGCUCAUACCACCUGGUCAAAAUGUCAAAGAAGGUGCAGAAACAUUGCUGAGGAUUACUGUACAUCUGAGCCAUUGAGGACUGAGGAGGAGGCCAGGCAUGAAGAUGAUGAUAUGAGAAAUCAAUAUCAUGUGAACGUUUGGUUUCCACCGGAAUUGAAGUUUGUCUAUUUUGGUUGAAGUGAGUCGCAUUAAUUUUCAGUUUCUUGAGUUGGUCAUUUAUAUGUUGGUUAUAAAAGCGGAAAA